AUGGCUUUGGAUCGUUCUGAACAGAAACUUCCUAAUGAAGAAAAAGAAGAUUCAUAUUGCCUUUCUGCCAUGCUUCUGUGCUGUGGCCAGAUCUACACCGCAGCUCUUAAAGCUUCAUUUGAGCUCGAUUUGUUUGAGAUCAUAGCUAAGGAAGGAGGAAGACACGUGUCAGCCUCUGAAGUAGCUUCAAAGCUUCCAAGCUCAUCUCAGCACAAAGAUUUAGCUCCCCGAAUCGAUCGUCUCUUGAGGCUUCUUGCCAGCCACUCUCUUCUAAACUGUUCGUUUGGUGAGCAGGAAGAUGGUGGCACUGAGAGACUCUAUGCAAUUUCUCCAGUGGGAAAGUACUUUGUUAGAGAUGAUGGUGGAUUAUGGGAUGCUGCCUCGUUCAAGUUCCAUCAAGCACUUGUUGAUGUUUGGUUGAAUUUUAAGGAUGCAGUCAUAGAAGAAGACGCAGACCUGUUCAAGAAAAUUCAUGGGAUACCAAUGUACGAAUAUGCAAAUAAAGAUCCAACGUGGAACACAACUUUCAACAAAGCAAUGGCCAACGUUUGCAAUAUAGAAAUGAGAAGGAUUCUGGAAACAUACAAAGGAUUUGAGGGAAUAUCCACACUUGUUGAUGUUGGUGGUGGCACUGGCCAGAAUCUCAAUAUGAUUGUCUCUAAGUACCCUUCUAUUAAGGCUAUCAAUUUUGAUUUGCCCCAGGUUAUUCAAAACGCACCGCAUCAUCCAGGAAUUGAGCAUGUUGGAGGGGAUAUGUUUGAAAGUGUUCCACGAGGUGAUGCCAUCAUAUUAAAGGCUGUAUGCCACAAUUGGUCAGAUGAGAAUAGCAUAAAAGUGUUGAGGAAAUGCCAUGAAGCAUUGCCAGAGGAAGGGAAGGUGAUAGUGAUUGAGCUUUUGAUGCCUGAAAAGAUUGAAGCAACAGAAGAAACCAAGUUUGUAGCAAGCUUGGACAACCUCAUGUUUAUUCACGAUGGAAGAGAGAGAACUGUGAAGGAAUUUGAAUCUCUUUGCAAACGUUCUGGUUUUUCUGAUUUCAAACUUGCUUGUCGAGCUCUCUCUGUUUUAGGAGUUAUGGAAUUCUACAAAUGAAG